AUGUCAAGUAUAAUUCCACAGGUUGAGAUGAAUUUCAUUCAACCAGAUCAACAUCAAUCAAAAAUACCACAUUCUCCUAUAACCAACCCUUCUUCUUCAUCAGCAACUACCCCAAGAACAGUAGAAAUCCCACCAAUGUCAUCCAUUCCACAUUCUACUUCCACAUCAUCUAUUCAACAUGCAAAUAUAGCCAAGAAGAUCCAUCGUGAGGUCAGAUUUGGUGCUUAUAUACUAGGAUCUACCCUUGGGGAAGGUGAAUUUGGUAAAGUGAAAUUAGGAUGGAGAAAAGAUGGUAAACAUCCAAGUCAGGUAGCCAUUAAAUUAAUUAAAAGAUCUUCAAUAAUGAAAGAUUCUGAUUCGGAAAUUAAAAUUCACAGAGAAAUUAACUCCCUUAAGUUAUUGAACCAUCCAAAUAUUGUCAACUUGGUGGAAGUUAUGAAAAGUGGUAAAUAUAUUGGUAUCGUUUUAGAAUAUGCUUCAGGCGGUGAAUUAUUCGAUUAUAUUUUACAACACAAGUACUUGAAGGAAAAUGUUGCCAAAAAAUUAUUUGCCCAAUUAGUCAGUGGAGUGGAUUACAUGCAUGCCAAAGGCUUGAUUCAUCGUGAUUUAAAAUUAGAGAACUUGUUGUUAGACAAACACAAGAAUGUCAUCAUUAGCGAUUUUGGGUUUGUUAAUUCAUAUAACAGAGACAAAAAUGAUUUAAUGAAAACCAGCUGUGGUUCUCCAUGUUAUGCAGCUCCAGAAUUAGUUUUGUCACAAACCGCCUAUGAAGGAAGAAAAGUCGAUAUCUGGUCCUUGGGUGUGAUUUUAUAUGCCAUGUUAUCUGGUUACUUACCAUUUGACGACGAUCCAGAUAAUGAAGAUGGUGCUGAUAUUAUCAAGUUGUACCACUAUAUUUGCAAAACUCCAUUGACAUUUCCAGAAUAUGUUUCUCCUUUGGCUCGUGAUUUACUUAGGAAAAUAAUUGUAUCUGAUCCAAAGAAAAGAAUUGGUAUCGAUGAAAUCAGAAAUCAUCCAUGGUUGAGCUCAUAUGCUAACUUGUUAUCCAUCAGACAACCAGAAUGGGACAAGGUCCAUAAAGAGAAGCUGCAACCACCUAUCAUGAUGGAACAACCACAAGCAAACAAGAGAUAUUCCAUGAUUAAUGAAAGAACCAAUUCUUCCUCAUUAAUGUCUCCAGCACCCAGAAUGUCUUCACAUUACACUCAUCCUCACCAACCAUCACAAACCCCAUCUCCACAAUCACACCCACAACCAAUUUCUUCACAUUCAAGAUCGUAUUCAUCGACAAGUAUUAGUUUAUUAUACUCAUCACCUACAUCUUCAAUGGCAAACACUGUGGCUGUACCAAAACUUAAUGAUUCAGCCGAUACAUUAGCAUUGUCGCAAACCCCAUCUCCAAAGAAGCCAAGUUCAGUGUCUCCAACUCGUGGUCACCAAAAAUCAGCUUCCAUGUCCAGCUCAUAUUCUUCUGCUAGCACUGCUUUGAAAGCAGUUGUAUUUGAAGAAAAUAAACACUUACAACAACAAUUUAUUCCAAGAUCAACUACAAUUUCCACCAUUGCAGAAAGUCCAACCAAGUCCACACCAGCGGCAAGCACAAUAUUGUUAGCUCCACCAAACAAAUCAUUACCAAAAUUACCGCAUGCUUCCAAGAAACCAAGACCAACUUCUUACCAUCCAUCUUCAAUGUCAUCUACAUUAAUGCUGCCAACAAGCAAUCCAGCAGAUGUACUUAAGAUUCCAACACCAACUCCUUCCAACUUGGCCAUGACACAAUACAUAUCUACAUCACCACCAAAAUCUGUGGGAUCUACCGAUUCAGGUCAUAAUUACAAUCAUAUGAAUAACAGUAGUAAUAGUGUUUCAUCAAAGGCUGCAUCUAGAAGAAAUUCAGUGGUUACACAUGUUCACGUUAAUGGUGUUUUAAGUAAAGAGAAUUUGAUUCAUUCAACUUCUUCACCAGACAAUAAGAGAAAUUCAGUAUUGAGUUAUUUAGAGGAUAAGAUCGAUACUUUAGAAUUAACCGAAAGUCACUCACCAACGAAAUUAGCAUUUGAAGAAAUUGUCGAUGCUGCCAUUGCUACUCCUGAAAUUAAUCAAGUUCCUGCCUUUGAUUCUCAAGUUUCUCCACAAGAUUCACAGUCAAGCCAAUCCAAAGCUAAAGAAAUGGAUGAUACUAUUCAACAAAUUGUUCAAGAAGAAUCAAAGGAAACUAUAAUCAAAGAACCAGAAAAUCAUCAAGAACUUGAACCAAAUCAAGACAAUGCUCAAGAACAUGAAAUGAUUGAGGAAGUUAAAGAAUGUGACCCAAUAGUUCCUAUUGAAGAAUAUAUAAAGAGACCAGAAGAAGAGGUCAAGGUUAUUCAAGUGAAGAAACCCGAAAGAGCUGCAUCAACAAAGAAGAGAGUUAAAGAGGAAUCGAUCAAGAAACAAAAAGAUACUGAAGCUAAGCCAAUUGAAAGAAGACACACAAUAGCAUCUAGAAGACAAAACAGUCAUGACGAAAAUAAAGAAAACAAAGAAACCAAAGAUGCCAAAAAGAGAAACAGAUUUAGUUUAUUGUCAUUCUACAGUACUUAUAAUUCUUCGAGUUCCAAUAUUUCAUUAGUUGAACCAACUACCAAUUCAUCCACCAAUUCUACUGUUACUCCAAAGAAGAAAAUCUUGGAACCUUCAAAUGAUGCCAACAUUAUGAAGAAGGAACAACAACAACAAAAAAGAGUUGGUUCAAGUGGUUCAAACAGUUCCAAACGUCAAAAUCCAAAAGAAACUAGUGCAGCCAAGAAAGUUAUGGACUUCUUUAAAAGAAGAAGCAUUAGAGUAGGUUAA